AUGUUGACUAGAAAGAUUAUUAAUGGCUCGAUAGUAAUCUCACGAUCAGCGAUUUUCUUACCCAAAAAUUCAAUGCACGUGAGAUUGCCAACUCGUGGCACUUUGGCUUGGACUUCUGUAUCUAGAGAAUAUCAUGAUGAUGCGAUUUCGAACUCCAUUUCAAAAAUGGCUGCGAAGGAAGAAAUAUCAGUGGAGGGUGCAGAGGGGCAGGUUAUUGAGAGGUCAACUGAAGUGGCGGGAAAAGAGGUAGAUGGAAAACAUGGGGGAGAAUUCGAGAAGAGGAGGAAGACAAUUGCGGAAAUGGAUGAAGAGUUAAUGGCGAAGAUGGAAGGAAGAGAGGGUGCAGCUGGAGUUUCAUAUGAAGGGGGGAAGCCGGUGACCGAUGGAUUUGGGAGGGGCGUGAAGAGUAAUAUGUUUAGGGUCAUUUGA